AAUUUUCAUUAGUUCAUCUGCUUUUUCUCUACCAUAAUCUUGCAAGGAAUUUAGCCUUCCUCUUCCUUUAAUUUACUUGUUCUUCCUUUUUCAUCUAAAUUUCUGUCUUGGAAUCUCAGAAGUUCUGUAAAUUCUCUGAUUUUUCUAGAAAUUUCUGUCUUUCUGUAUUCAAAUCAAUCAUGGGUGUCGUCGUUCUGAAUCCCGAAGAUUGUCUCAAGCAUCCGUUCUCAAAACAAACCCUAAUAUCUCCCCCUCCGGCCAUGAGACACCCCAGAAACCUGCCAACUAAUCGGACCAACAGGUCCCCACCUAGACGGAAGAAACGUUCUCCAAACACCUCGCCGCCUUCGCGUGCCGUCGUUGACCAGGGACUCCCGGGGAAAAACCUAGUCAUGGGCCAGGUCAAGAUACUGAAACGAGGGGAGGAGCUGAGUAAACCGGAGGCAAAGCCUGUAAAGGUUGAAGAAAAGAAGGCUGAUGCAGAUCUGGGGACUACAAACCGGUUAGGCCCGGAUCCCGUGUUGGUGCCGACUCAGGUCCGACUGACUGAGUCAAAAGACAAGUGCUUCGCGUUUUAUGCGGGGUCGGCUUUCUUCACGUCCCCUCCGCCGAGUUCUGUGCCCUUGCCGGCCUUUUUCACCAAGAAGUGCGUCGUGGCAGCGAAGCCCGAUGACGCAACGAAUGAUUUAAGAAGGAUUCUGAGGCUUAAUUUUUAGCCACCGGAGUUUUCUCCGGUGGUGGUUGGCGGUUCCGGUUUCGUUGACUAAAAGUUUGGGUUCUCUGAUUUCGAUCUUCCCUUAUUUUUUCAAGGGGAAAGAUGGAAUUAGUUGACUCAACUACGCAAGUUGAAUUGCGGGAUUUACAAUAGUUUCUAUUGUAUAGCUUUAUUUAGAUUCGCUGAUUAUGUAGUGUUAUCUACACGGUAUUGGGUCUUUAAUUUAGUUCGACCUCUUGUUGUCUUUAAUUAUUUGUAAUCGUCGGUGAAGAUUUCUGGUGGGUCUGUAAUAGGUCGUGGUGGUGAUUUCCGGCAGGUAUAUAGAUGGUUGCUCUAGACGAGAUGCUUGAUGGGUUUUAGCCUUCUAGGUGUUUUACGCUUUCUUUAUCCUUAAUAUUUCAGUUUGUUGGUGAUGAUCGCCGGUGGAUCUUCAGAGGCUCCGGUGAAUUUGUGUGUGGUGUUUAUGAAAAAAUAUGUUGGAGCGUUGUGUUAAUGAAUAAAUUUAUUAGUUGUAUGGUGUUAAUUACUUGUAUUUUCCAUUUUAAUGUAUGAAUUUUCACCAGAUUGGCUCCCUUAAAAAAUUAAAAUCUGUGAAUUGUA